AUGCCCAAAAUUCGCGCUCGCCUCACCAAAUUCAUCCAACGCCUCGUGACCAUCGUCACACCUUCCUCUAUGAGCACAUCCACCGCGUCUGGACGGCCAACAAAACCUCUUCCGAAUGGACCAGCUCCUCCAGCACCGGCCGCAGCUCCUCCAGCCCCUCCACAACAAGCCCGACCCGCCGCUAAUGGCCAUGCGAAGGGGAAAAAGAAGACGGAGGCACCCGUCGACCCUGCAACAAUGUAUGAAAGUUUGAAGAAUCGCAUCGCGGCCCUUGAAGAAGAGGAAGUUCUGGAGGAAGAGGAGGAGCGAAAGUUCACUGAAGAGGCACAAAAGUCGGUCAAGGGCAUGAGCGAAACAGCCAUUCAUGCGAAAUAUAUCGAGCUGUUUGCGGAGUUCAAACGACUAGAGCGGGACCAUGCAAAGGAAAAGCAAAAACUCAUGAAGGACAAAGACGCAGCAAAGAGCCAGCUCACCAAAGCGAACCAGGCCAAGACCAAGGUGGAGAGUCUUGCGCGCGAGUUGCAGAAGGACAAUAAGCGACUUCGGGAGGAUGGAAAGCGGUUGGCACAGUCGGUCGAGGAUGCACAGGACGAGCUCAUCCAGAUGCGCAACGACAUCACGAAACGCGCGGAGAAGGUCAAGGCACAGGACGCCAAAUACCGAGAAAUGCCGGACAUUGUUGUCAAAGUCGUUUGUCGAUAUCGUGCCGAGCUCUUCUUCAAAAUUUCACGCAAGACAAAAUUGUCGCGUCUGUUCAAUGCCUGGACCGAUAGGAUGGAGAAGACGGGUGGGAAGAAAGCGAGCAAUGUGUCUGAGAGUGCAUCGGUCAAGUCCGAUGCUCCACCUGCUGGCGGGACGAUGCAGUUCAUCUUCACUCACAACGGCCGAACCGUCGAGGCGGAUCAAACUCCGGAGGAAGCUGGCAUGGAGGAUGCAGACGAGAUCGUCGCAGUAGAGCUGAUGGAUCUCACAGAGGGUCCUGGAACGGAGGAAUGGGAGGACUUGGCAGAGCCUCGUCGCCUCAAACUCAAGAAGAAUUGGACAGACGAUCCUCAAGAGGCCAAGAGGUCGCUGACUGAGAUCUUCGACGGCGUUGUCCGUGAACGGCUCAAGGAGGUCCUCCGUCAAUACGAACUGAGGGAGCGUCAUUUCGAAUGCGUCAUUCGCUCGAAAGAGUUAGAAGUGCUCCUAUCUCGUGCUCGCGCCGCUGAGCAGAAACAACUUGCCGAAAUAGAGAAAGCCCGUGCGGAAAAGCAGUCUGAAGAGAUCCAACAGGUGAGGAAGGAUCUUGAGGAAGCGCAGACCGGCCAAACAAUGCUCAUCGACAAACUAAUACAAUGCUCCAAAGAACCUAAUGCGGAGAGAACCCAACGACUGUUUGCAUCACUCCGCGAGGAACUGGAGAAGAAGGGACCGAAACUUAACAAAGCUCCUGCGCAUGUGGAGGAGGUUGUAGGAGGUUAA